AUAUGUGGUGGCACUGGUGGGAGAGUAGCAUUAUCCUCCUAGGAUCAAUUCUCCUCUGAGUUGACGUUAGUACAUUCCACCGUAGUUAGCACUUCAGAGUUGGUGGUGUUCGUGCGAGUGGGUGUCGCCCUCAACAACGCUCACUAUUUUUUUCAGGCUCUCAAAGACGGGUAGCGCCAUUUCAACUCGGAUUCGCAACCAGGGAUCGGCGAUGGCCGCAGCCGGAAAGCCCCCUCCAACGACUUCCGGCCCCUCUGCAUCUUCCACUCUGGCUGCUCCGAUCCAUUGCAAUCCUUUCGAUUUCUCCAGUGACUGGUCGCCGCCAAGGCUCGCCCUAUCGUCAGAUCAGAUUCGUUACUGCUCGGAGGCGCUGAAGGUAUUCAAAGCGAAGAAGUUUCAAGCUCCCGAAAAAAUCCACCAGGAAUUCGGAACCUUACAGGCCAAUAGAAUGACCGCUAGAGAAAUGGAGAAGCUAUGUUUAGUAUCUCAGGAUUGUGUAAACAGAAGCAAAAACCGGUAUACUGAUGUGUUGCCAUUUGACAGUAAUAGGGUUAUUUUGAAUCCGUGUAAAGACUACAGACCAUCAGCAAGGGGCUACAUCAAUGCGAGCUGGAUCAGGGUUUCUGAACAAUUAUCUCCCUUUAUUGCAACGCAAGGUCCAUUGCCACACACCUUUGAGGAUUUCUGGGAAAUGGUAAUCCAGAAUCGUUGUCCUGCAAUUGUAAUGCUUACAGGUCUUGUCGACAAUUACAAGAUGAAGUGUGGAGAUUAUUUUCAGGCAGAGGAUGGCACUAGAGAAUUUGGGGAUAUAUGCAUCACCACAGAAUGGAUGAAAACUACAGACACUUCUUUAAUAUUGCGUUGCUUGAAGGCUAGAUACAAAGAGUCAGAAGAACCACCUUUGUAUGUCUUACACUUCCAGUAUCCUUCAUGGCCUGAUCAUGGAGUACCAAAGGACUCCAUCGUUGUCCGCGAGAUUCUUAAGUACUUAAUUUCUGUGCCACCUAGUCUUGGGCCAAUUGUGGUGCACUGCAGUGCAGGUAUUGGUAGAACUGGGACCUAUUGCACAAUUCACAACACAGUCCAAAAAGUCCUACUCGGGGAUAUGUCUGCUUUAGAUCUUGUAAAUACCAUCACCACUUUCAGGGCACAGCGAAUUGGGAUGGUUCAAACAUUGGAACAAUAUCUUUUCUGCUACGAUGCAAUUAUUGAUAAACUUGAAGAUAUCAUCCAAGAAAGCAAACGUGAAGAUCUCAUCAAGGGAAAGAAUGGAAAACCAAGCUCUUGAUUCGUGGUAAUUAUUACGGAGUUAUUAUUAUUAUUAUAAUUAUUAUUAUUUUGCUUAUUGGGGGUCUCUAUGACUAGAGACAGAAAUCUGCAAUCACUACUUCCCCAGUUCUAAUUCUCUAUUGCAAGUAUAAAAGAUUUCCCGUGCUUAAAACCACCAUUAAGUGGUGGACCAUGUUUUCUGUUUUUCGCCGUUGAACGCUCUCUGGUAAUGCGUGUACAUUUGUAGUUCGGAUUACUAAUAGUCUAAAUUUUCACGUGCUCUCUCCCGUAGGUCUAAAUUUUUAUUAUCUGUACUAAGCGUUAUGCUGUUGAUGUUC